AUGUCCAGCUGGGCUUGUUCCGACCACUCCGGAAGACUGUGUGGAUUUCGUUGCCGCGUACAGCCAGAAUUUUCGGUUCGACAAUGCGAGUUUCUCCGAUGCGAAUUUCCCGCCGGGCUGCGUUGGCUACGGAGGGCCGACACUGAGUCUCAGGGGAACGUUUCGGUACAACGUGCCUCCAGGAGGUAUCGGGAGCGAGGUGAAUCCCGAUGCUUUUGUGAUCUGCGCCACCGCCUCGACGCCCGCGCCUACGACAGGGACGCCUGCGCCCACGGCGGUGCAGAUCUCCGCCACCGGGGAUCCGCACAUGACCACCAUCUCUGGCGCCAGGUUCGACAUCAUGCGGGCGGGGACGCACGCGCUCCUCCCGAAGAGGGGGCCGCUCUGGCGGACGCCCUGCUGCGCGUGCAGGUCGCUGUGGCACGCCAGGGCUCGAAGUGCGAGGACAUGUACAUCAAGGUCCUGAACGUGACCGGCAGCUGGGCGGAGGAGAAGCACGUCGGCGGCUUCAGCUUCGUCACAGAGUCUCCGGCGGGCGGCCAGGUCAUCGCGGCCCCAGCCGGAUCAGCGGACUGGUCUCGCUUGGGAAUGGUGGACCUCAAGGUUGUUCGCGGAGCCACCAGGUCGGGCGUCUUGUACCUGAACAUGUUCGCCAGGCACCUCCGCGACGCCAGCCGCGUGUACCCGAUCGGUGGCAUCCUUGGCCUGGAUGACCACGGCGAGGCAGCGACGCCAGCCGCUGAGUGCGGCAAGAAGGUGCUGUCCUUGCUGCACCGCGCGCAUGGGCUCGGUGCGCUCGAUGGUGGUUCUGUCGCGGACGCGUCGGCGUGAGACCCGUCAUCGAAGCCGUUGUUUGGGGCUCUCUGGGGCGGGCUGCGCUCUGGGCGCUUCAGUGCGGGUGGCGUCAGCGGUGGGUCGGCGGGAAUCCGAGGAGGAGGAGGCCAGCGGCAGGGAGGGGGGCGAGGGAAGCGCCGGCACCGGCUGGCUUGGCGCUCGCUGCAGCGCCCCCGAGGGGCGGCCGAGGGCGCCCCUGGGCGGAGGACGCCCCCGGAGGGGCGGCCGAGGGCCGAGGGCGCGCCGGAGGGCCGAGGGUCGAGGUUUGGCAGAAUCGGAGGCGUU